UUUUGUUUGAGGUGUUGACAUUCAACCGCUGAGUUCGGCGAACUAGUUGAUAUGGGCUGCGGUAUAUUCCUAAUAUCAACUGGAAUUUGGUUUAUUUAAGGUAUUCAGUAUAAACCAUUGUUAAUCAGCUCUUGUAACUUACGCGAUUUCCUACAAAACAUUCUGUAUUAAACGUUAGAACUAUUAUUUUAGUCAUAUUUGCGUAGAAUUCUCGGACCAGCUAACAAGUAGCUAAUACGUUAGCUCUGGCAAAAUGGCGGCGAAUGCGGCACAGCAAGCUCCGACACCAAACUGGCCAUAUGGUAGUAAUUCAAGCAGUGAAAGCCAAGUCCAUGAGAACCCAGAAUGGGAAAAGGCCCGACAGGCUCUAGCCUCCAUCAGUAAAAGUCAGAACUCUACCAAGACUUCACCAACCAAUCACACCACCCAACAGACCGGACCUUAUCAGGCAACAGACUCUUCUGCAAUGCAACAACAACAACAACAGCAGCAGCAGCAGCAGCAGCAAUACUAUCAGCAGUGGUAUCAACAGAACCAACAACAGUAUGCUGGUUACCCAUAUCCAUAUAACUACUACUACCCCAUGCCUCAGUAUGGAGGACCAUAUCCUCCAGGACAGUAUGGUGUUCCAGGGGGCUACCAGGCACCCACUACACCCACUGGACAGGCCCCUGCUAUGCCCAUGAUGGAAGAUCAGUCCUCCAGCUAUUCCUCCCAGCCCCCUCCUCCUGCAACCCCUCAACCUCCCCCUCAGAGUCCUACAUCCACUGACCAGCCCCCGCCCCCUCCUCCACCCCUAGCUCCCCCACCCAAUGCCCAGUACCCCCCUCCACCAUCCCAGACAACCUACAGCCCAAAUGGUACCAUGCCAUACAGCCCCACUGAUUCAAACACUAUGAUGCAGGGCUACAAUUCAGGACAGAUUCGGCCAGGGUACCAAGGUUACCAAACUCAAGCAUAUCAGCCCUCUCAGCAGCAGGGUCCAGGACAGGGCCUAUAUGGAGGCCCAGGCAGAGUGGAUGCUAAGAAACCUAACAAUAGUAAUAUGAACAAAGGUGGCCAGCAUCUGUGGCAACGGAUGAAACAGGCCCCUGGAGCCGGUGCUGUAAAAUUUAAUAUACAAAAACGCCCAUAUGUCAUGACCAGUCAGAACUUUCCUCCAGGUGAUCAGGCCCCUGGAUUGGCUUCCCCCACUGCGACAAACCCAUCACCUGGGUCUGUGUCUGCAACCUCUACUACUUCCACAGGAGCUGCCCAAACUCGGCCUCAGGACUGGCCACAGGCUAUGAAAGAGUAUGUACAACGCUGCUUCACAGCCUGUGAAUCUGAAGAGGAUAAGGACCGAACAGAAAAAGUGCUGAAAGAUCUUCUGCAGUCCAGACUACAGGAUGGCUCUGCUUACACUAUCGACUGGACCAGUGAACAACUGCCAGAUUUGAAGCCAAAGCAGUCUCGCUGGGAGGCAGUUCCUCAGCGUUCUCAAGACAAUGCUAUUGGGAGAGGUGGAGCCACCCGUGGCAGGCUUGGGGCCAGGUUGGGUAACUACAGAAAUGUCUUUUCUCAAAGAAGCCCCUCUUCAAGCUCCUCCCACUCAUCCCGCUCCUCGUCACGAUCCCCAUCACCUCACAGCCGACACAGGGACCGGAGUAGACAUCAUCGCAGUGACUCCGGCUCUCAGUCAGACAGCAGCAUGUCAAGUGAUCCUCGACUUCCACUGUCCCGGCGGCAACAAAAGGGUGGCCGAGGCCGUGGGGCAGAAAGGGAGCGAGGUAGAGGAGCUGGGGGAGAGAGAGGCAGAGGAAGAGGCAAAGCAAACAGAGGGCGGAGGAAUAUGGAAGACCUCGCCAGCGGUAUUGGUAAAAAGCGGAAAGGUGGUAAUGCAGGGCUUGACUUUCACGACCCAAAUCGUGAAGCGAAGAAGCAGAGCCGGGCAGCACGCUUCCACACUAAACUACGCACUGAGCCCCUGGUGUUAAACAUUAAUGUUUUUGACCUCCCCAAUGGCACACAAGAGGGACUGAGUUGGGAUGAUUGUCCCAUAGUUGGCACCUGCCAGGACAUCACCAAAAACUACCUGCGCCUGACCUGUGCCCCUGACCCUGCAACUGUCAGACCCGUAUCUGUGUUGCGAAAGUCCCUGAUUACAGUUAAAACUCAUUGGAAGACCAAUCAGGAUUACUUGUACGCAUGUGAACAAAUGAAGUCAAUACGACAGGAUCUCACUGUUCAAGGUGUGCGUACAGACUUCACUGUGGAGGUGUAUGAAACACAUGCUCGCAUCGCUUUGGAAAAGGGUGACCACGAGGAAUUCAACCAGUGCCAGACCCAGCUGAAGGCGCUGUAUAAAGACUGCCCAUCGGACAACGUGGGAGAAUUCACUGCCUACAGACUUGUCUACUACAUCUUUACUAAGAAUUCUGGAGACCUGACAACCGAGCUUGUGUACCUUACCCCUGAGCUCCGUGCUGAUCCGUGUGUAGCUCAUGCUCUUGAGCUCCGUACUGCCUGGGCACUUGGAAACUUCCACCGGUUCUUCAAACUCUAUCAGAGUGCUCCACGUAUGGCUGCUUACCUUAUCGAUAAGUUUGUGGAGCGUGAAAGAAAUCUAGCGCUGAGGGCUAUUCUUAAAACGUUCAGGCCCUUUGUGCCGGUGGAGUAUGUGCAGUCCAGCUUGGCCUUCCCAGAUUUAGACUCAUGUUUAGCAUUUCUAACAGGGCUUGGGGUUACAUUCACCCCCUCUGACCCAAGCAAAAUAGACUGUAAAGUUAGCUCAGUCAGUCUUAUAACUUCGUAAUAUGGGAAAAGGGUGGGAGUUGACCAGAGAAUUUGCUUUUAUAGAGCUUAAAAAGACAAAGCUGUGGAUAAGGGACCAGAUAUCUACAUAACAGACAGACACACUCAGAGUCUAGAGCUGAUCAUAUUUAUGAAAGAUAUCUCAGAUUUUUUAAAACUCUUGUAGAGUGAUUGACUUUCUGACAGAUGACACAUCCACAUACAGGGACUUAGGUGCCAUAUUCAAGACCCAGUAUAGCCUAUUCACACAGCCCAUUUAAUGAGGUAUCAGACAACCAGUUUACUUGCACACUAUCCCUUACACCAAUAGAAAAAGAGGCAAAGAUCUGAUGGGGUUGGGUCAGCAGGUCAUGUCAGAUCCCACAUCACAGAGCUCAAAAAAGCAUUUAAGCUAACAGUGUUGUGUGUUCUCAUGUUUCUCUCCCCUCAAGCAAACAGCCGCAAAGCUCAAGACCUGAAAACAUCAUGGUUAACCAAGAAUAUAAUGUGAGCCAGUUGCCACCAACAGUGUACCAGCUCAUCAAGUCUAUGUGAAGCCAAAGGAUCCUUCUGCAAGGUUUUGGUCAUCUUUAAUGGACUUUAAAGCAAAGUGAGAUUCAGUGCAAUCCUUCAAGCAAGAAGAAGAUGGUUUGUAUUCCCUAUCUUUCCCUGUGCCUGAGAUGUCUUCAGUGGGUCACUGGUGGAGGUGAUCUGUUAGAUCUCCUGGCUCCCUUCAUCUCUAGGAUCCUAAUGCUGAUAGCAUGUAAUAUUUGGACUGAGCUAUAACAAGACAACCACUGUAUAAAAAAAAAAAAAAAAAUGCAGAUUAGGCCCUGUUCCGCAUCGUGAUCAGUUCUGCGUCCUUCCCACACAGUCUUCUCUCCCUCUCCUGCACAUCAUCAACACUCAAGAAGCUGGCCUUCAUUAGUCAUAGAUAACCUCCUAAUCAUUCCUCGACACCCAGGAAGCAAAACUCAGUGACUCAAAAUCUUUCGCUUCCACCCCAGCUGUGAUCUGAAUAGGGCCAACCAUUGUAAAAGUCAUCCAAGUCCACUUAGGGCAUUCAUUCACCACUAGGUUUGACCACCAGCUUCUGAAGAGCGAAGUCCUCUACAAAGCACCUCCCAGCAUAGAAGGUCCCUAAGCCUAACAUGCAGUCAGCCUGAGAAGGAAAAGUCAUUCAGAAGGAAAAGCAAGCUCUGUUUUCCUUCACAGCAAGUUGGCGGCUCUCUCUUGUCUCCUCUUCAGAUGGUGAUCUCCACUAGUCACCUCACUCCUACAAGGGCAUCCACUGUCCUGCUGGGGUUUGGAAACACAUGGGUUUGUAUGGCUCCUUAAGCUUUGGCCACGUCUACUGGUAAUGGCUGGUAAGAAGGACUUGAUAUUUUGAAAGCGUGGUGAAUCUUCGUUCAGCUUGGGUUGAGGUGUUACCACUGUUGAACAACGUGCUUGGCUUGGUAUCUGUUAAUCCUUCUGGCGGGUUGUGAAUUUGUCAUUUCUCAUUUUAAAAUGGGCCUAAUACUGAACCCUGUUGCACUCCUUAUCUACAAGAUUGACACCAAUAGAUUCAUACAAAAAUCAAAAGGAUCUGCUCAUUUUACAUGGAUAUUACUAUGAUACAAUACUAAAUCUCAGAUAUUGAUAUGGUAUCAUGGUCUUAAUCUAACCAAUGAUUGAAGCAGGAACGCAUUGUAGUAAAAACGUUGUACCAAUUCAAAGUAUUACGAAGUUCGUCUAAUGCUCCUUGAUUUCUAAUGGACUGCUUUAAAAGUUGCUAUAUAUACAUCAAUUUCAUUGUAAAUGAACGAGGAGCAUGUGCACCAGCAUUUGCUUUUUGACGUAAUCAGGUUUAUUUAAUGUUAAGAUCUAGCAUGGAUAAGGCUUGGGUCUGAAAUAUGUUUGCUUUAGCAAGAUGUGCUCAGGGCCACUACAAGCAGAAAGCAUCCCUAACACCUCAUUGGUGAAAUAUGUACAUAUGUAAAUAAUGUGAGAAGUGAGUUUUUUUUUUUCCUUGUUAAUUUGAUUUCAUAGAUUAUUUGUUUGUACAAUGGUAAGUGUAAUUUUGAACUAUACAUUAAUUUUGCUGGCAGUUUUAAGUUUAAAUAUAUCUUGGGUGGUGAGCAUGUGCAUACUGAUAUGCAGUUUAGUGCAAAUAAUUGAGAUUUUCAUGUUCAAAUUAUUCUAAAGUUUCUAGUUCCCCUAGACAUUAAUUACGUUAGGAAGUAAAACAUCCAAUCCAUACUCAACGAAGGAGUCAUGAAUUGAUGAUAUGCCAAAUCUUUCCCUUGUUGAUCAUUACUUAAUAUUUCCAAGCAAUUUUUGUUGCAUUUCUUUCCUUUGUUUAUCAGGUCAUCUUAGUUUUGUGACUUCCUGUUUUAUCAUCUUCCUUGUUUACCUGUUCAGCUUUUCUUGCUCUCAUACCUGUAAAAAUUCACUUGUUAGACACAAAAGUUUCCAACAAUAAGAGAAAGAUUUGGUUUAAGCACAAGCUGUUUGUUUUUGUUUUUUGUUUUUUUUUGUUUUGUCCCCCUUCCCAUCCACGCUAAAGUUGGGAAAUGGUUAUAAUCAAAUAUUUCUAGCUCAUUUUGUUUACCUUAGAGCUUCGUCUUGUAUUUGGUUGUACAUUGUAAAUGAAUUCUUUGCUGAUGCUGCUGGUUGCCACACUGACUUUACUCUCCUUUCCUCCUCAACCUUCAACCCCUCCCACCCCUUAUUCUCCUCUCCUCCUGCACUCCUUCAUUACCAGAUUCUCUCUCUUAUUGCAGUCAUGCACAUUCGGAGCAAAGCGAGAGAUGAAAAGAUGAGGGCAAAACUAAUCCAGAGGCACACUGGAAAAUGGGCAUUGAGACAUCCAGACACCAUCCAAAUGAUAUUCUUCAUUGUGCCUGUUGUUGUCUGAUGCAUUUGUCAUUUUGAGGAGAGCCUGGUGAUUUCAGUUUGCAAUGUUUUUCUUGAUGCCAAUCUCAAUUUUAUGAAACCAUGACAAAUCCACAAUGUCAGUCUGAAGAUGAUGUAUGGGUUUUAUUUUAGGAAUUGCUCCAUAUAGUGUUUAGUAGAAUUGCUGCUGUAUGUUCAGGUGUGUCUCCUCUUAACGUUGCUUUUUCUCUAAGUGUAUUAAUAGGUGUUUUGUUUGCUUUUUUCUUUUUUGGCAAUUGCUGUUGUUUACUGCUGUAUUGUUUGGAGUUUUUUUUUUUUUUUUUUGAUGGACUGGGGUUUCUGAUGUCUAACUUUUGGGUUUAAUAUAAGCUGUAAAAUUGCAUACUGGACAUACCUGGACAUACAGAUGGUUAGACAUUUUCUAGAAAUCCAUACAGUAAUGUCUCUCAGGUCUUAAAAGCUCACUGCAUUUUCUAAUGGUAAUGUUGAUUGAAUGCCCAUAAUGCCUAUUACUUAAGGAUUGUCCAAAACAAUGUUGAUUGUCUCAAAGGAUAACAGUUUAUUUUUUAUUUCAUGAAAUGUAUUUUUAGCCCUUGCUGUUGUGUAAUAUUUUCACAGCAGUAUUACUAACAGUCUCAUCCCCUCUAUUCAAAUGUUGCCUGUCCUCUUGCACUUCUAAUUUCUUUAACGUCUUUCCUCUGCAUCAGCUCUUUGCUUUUCUUUGUUCAUAUUGUUUUAGAUUUGCCUCCAAGUGUUCUCUUACAUCUCAACUUUAGCCAUCGACUCUUCUUACUUUGUCUCAUCUUUAAUAUUUUUUUCAGCAAUCUGUUCUUUCUGCAUGUUCCUCUCGUCUCCCUCUUCUGCGUUCUGUAAUGCAAUGUUGUGAUUGGUUUAUAUGUAGUCAGUGCUUGGCAGUAAGUAUUUCAGCUGGACUGUACUUGCAUCUGUUUUUUCUUUUACAGCUCAACCUCUCAAAGCCGUUUAAAUACUGCCGUUUGUAGAUGCUGAUCUGUACAUAAUGUACCUACUUUCUUAUCUUGAGAGAAAAAUAAAGAAAUAAAUCUGA